GAUGGCGCCGUCCACACCAGAAAAUAUUUCUCUGUCAGCAUUUCUUCUUGGAGCGGCCUCCUUUCUUCUUUCAACAUUGUUUUAUUUAAGCCAAACUUUAUCUAAUUUAUGGGACGAUUGGUGGAUACUAAUAUACAUAUUUUACGUGGCGCUGACUAACUGUGUAGUGUGGGUAGUCUUCAACUCUAAGGACGCUUACAAGGUAGCUGUCAGAGGGUGUUUUCUCGGCCUAGUGUUUGGAUUUGGUUUGAUCCUCAGCUUUCAAACAUCAUCAUGGACACAUUUUGGUUGGUACCUGACAUGUCUCAGCGUAUUUCAUUGGUCAGAAUUCUACACAACGGCAGUGACAAAUCCACGCUCUCUGACACUAGAGUCGUAUCUUCUGGAUCAUAGCAGGGAAUACAAGAUAGCAGCUGCAGCUAGUUGGAUUGAAUUCACUGUAGAAUGGUUUAUAUUCCCAGGUUUAAAACAGUUGAGAUAUAUCAGUGUGUUUGGAUUAUUGCUCACAGUUCUUGGCGAGGUGAUACGAAAAGCCAGUAUGAUAACUGCUUCAACAAACUUUAAUCAUUAUGUCCAGUAUAGAAAACAACGAAACCAUCAGCUAGUUACACAUGGAAUAUACUCUCUGUGUAGACAUCCCGCUUACGUUGGAUGGUUUUUAUGGAGUAUAGGAACUCAGAUCAUUUUAUGCAACCCACUUUGUUUGGUAGGGUAUACAAUAGUUUCAUGGCGAUUCUUUAGAGAACGUAUUUUUGAGGAAGAAAUAUAUUUACUCAACUUCUUUGGUGAAGAUUACGUCGAGUACCAGAAGCGAGUGGGAACCGGUCUUCCAUUUAUCCAAGGGUACAGAGUAAAAAUGUGAAUUCCUCGGCAGCUGUGAUCUCUGUUAUAUAUUAUGUUGUUAUAUAGGGCUGUCAUUGAGGGUUGAGCUUGCAUCAGUAUAUAAGGAUAUUAAAUAGUGUUAUAACAGGUAGAUAUUUUAUAGGUGAAUAACUUGAUUUUUGGUAAUUAUGUAAUAUUUUUAUGCCCCACUUCGAAGAAGGAGGGGUAUAUUGUUUUGCAGAUGUCAGUCGGUAGGUCGGUCAGUCGGUCGGAAUGUAAACCAAUCCAUUUCUGGAUGAUAACUCAAGAACGCUUGGGCCUACGAUCAUGAAAGUUGUUAGGGAGGUUGGUCAUCGCCAUCAGAUGACCCCUAUUGAUUUUGAGGUCUGUAUGUCAAAGGUCAAGUGACCCUGAAUAGUAAAACGGUUUCCGGAUAAUAACUCAAGAACACUUGGGCCUAGGAUCAUGAAAGUUGAUAGGGAGGUUGAUAAUGACCAGCAGAUGACCCCUAUUGAUUUUGAAGUCAGUAUGUUAAAGGUCAAGGUCACAGUGACCCUGAACAGUAAAACUGUUUCCGGAUGAUAACUCAAGAACGCUUAGACCUAGGGUCACGAAAGUUGAUAGGGAGGUUGGUCAUGACCAGCAGAUGACCCCUAUUGAUUUUGAGGUCAGUAUGUCAAAGGUCAAGGUCACAGUGACCAGGAACAGUAAAAUGGUUUCCAGGCAAUAAUUCUAGAACGCUUGGGCCUAGUGUCAGGAAAAUUGAUAGUUAUGUUGGCCAUGACCAGCAAAUGACCCCUAUUGAUUUUGAGGCCUUUAGGUCAAAGGUCAAGGUCACAUUGGCCAGGAACAGUUAAAACGGUUUCUGAUCUUCUUGUCCAAAACCAUAGGGCCUAGGGCUUUGAUAUUUGGUAUGUAGCAAUAUCUAGUGGUCCUAUACCAAGAUUGUUCAGAUUAUUUCCCUGGGGUCAAAUAUGGCACCACCCCAGGGGUCACAUGGUUUAUAUAGACUUGUAUAGGAAAAAACUUUGAAAAACCUCUGGUCCAAAACCACAGGACCUAGGGCUUUGAUAUUUUGUAUAUGACAUCAUCUAGUGGGCCUCUACUAAGAGUGUUCAAAUUAUUCCCCUAGGGUCAAAUAUGGCUUCGCCCUGGGGGUCACAUGGUUUACAUAGACUUUUAUAGGGAAAAACUUUGAAAAUCUUCUUGUCCAAACCACAAAGACUAUGGCUUUGAUAUUUUGUAAUAUAGCAUCAUUUAGUGGUUCUCUACCAAGUUUGAUCAAAUUAUCCCUCUAGGGUCAAAUAUGGCCCCGCCCCAGGGGUCAUAUGGUUCAUAUAGACUUAUAUAGGGAAAAACUUGGAACCUUCAUGUCCAUAACUUACAUUAUUCAUAUUUGGACCACAUGUAUAGUUUUGAGUGGCAAGAUGAACCUUGACAUGAGUUGACCUUGAUCUUGACCUAGUGACCUACUUUCACAUUUCUGUAGCUACAGCCUUCAAAUUUGGACGACAUGCAUAAGUUUGUGUACCGAAAAAAACUUUGACCUUGUUAUUGACCUAGUGACCUACUUUCAAAUUUUUGAAGGCACAGGCUUCAAAUUUGGACCAUAUGCAUAGUUUUUUGUUCCAAAAUAAAAUUUGACCUUGCUUUUGACCUAGUGACCUACUUUCACAUUUCUCAGGCUACAGCAUUCAAAUUUGAACCACAAGCAUAGUUUUGUGUACUGAAAUGAACUUUGAUCUUGAGAUUGACCAAGUGACCUACUUUCACAUUUCUCAAGCUACAGGCUUCAAAUUUGGACCGCAUGCAUAUUUUUGUGUUCUGAAUUGAAAUUUGACAUUGAUUUUUACCUAUUACCUAUUUUCACAUUUAUCAAGCUUACAGCCUUCAGAUUUGAUGCACUUGCAUAGUUCUGUCUACUGAAAUGAACUUUGGCCUUGAAAUUGAUCUACUGACCUACUUUUACAUUUCUCAAGCCACAACUUUCAAAUUUGGACCACAUACACAUUGUUUUGUACCGAAAUGAAAUUUGACAUUGAUUUUGACCUUGAGCUAGUCUUGAAAUUCGGAACAUUCAAAAAUGGCUCAGUGAAUGGCGCCAAGAUCACUCUGUAAUCUCUUGUUAGGUUAAUAGGUUAAAGGUCAAGGUCAGAUUAAACCAGAAUGGUAGAACUUUUGUUUAAAGUGAGCAUAUAGUUUCUGUUCCUUGUGCAAUUACUGAAUGCAUCAAGGGGGGCAUUUCGUGUUCGACGAGCUCUUGUUUUACUGUUGGAAAUGAACCAAUAAAAUUUGAAUUUUCUACAUUAUUUGAGAAAUGUUAGAUAUCAGCAGGACAUGUUUAAAUAUUUUUAAAUUUAAACAUAAUUUGACCAUGAAAAUUGAAUUUUUUAUUAAAAGACAAUAUUACAAUUUUAGUAGAUUGAAAAUUUGCAAAUGUCUUUAAUGGGUCUAUUACCUCCCUUUUUUAUUUGUUUCACUAUAAAAAUCAAUUAUAAAGCUAGAAACCUUUACAAAAAUGUCUGUAUUUCAGAUAUUGCAGUGGUCAAAGCACUGUCAAUAGAACAGUGAAUAGGAAAAGUAAUGUUGAUAAGGACAGAUUGCAAUUGUUCUCCUUAAAGGGAGGUAAUUAUAAAAUGAAAAUCUAUGAAACAACUGUACUGUUUAUUUUAUAAAUAAAUCUGCAACAGGAUGUAUGUAUUAAACAUUUUGUACCUCAGUCCUGAUAUAUUCUCAGGAAUCAAUGGUCAAACAUUUUUACUCAAUGACAGCCCUUGUUAUAUUAUAUGCAAACUUAACUAUUAUGCUUGUUACACAUUUGUCCAUGAUAUUAUACCAACUGUUUGAUCCACAAAAUUUAUAAUAAAUUUUUCAUUGUGACCUUAUUAUGCAAAAUUCAGAAAUAAGUUAUACAUCAUUUUAAAAAACUUGAUAGUGCAGUAGGAUCUUUUAAAUUUUCUAGAUGUCUUAGUAAAUGUCAGUUUUAUGGCCAAAGAUGUAUUUUUUCUUUUGUAAAAAUUCUGGCUAAUGAAAAAACUUUUUUUUCGAAAUUUUACAAAGUUUUUACAUGGAAAUGUUGCUUGUAUGCUAACUAAGAGAUCCUGGAUUGUUUUUAUAUCAGUCUAAUAACAAUUGAAGCUGAAAUUUUUUGAUUUUCAAAAUGGCUGAAAUUUACAAUCAUUGAAUAACCCCAUCAAAAUCAGUUUUUGACAAUAAGAAAAAAUAACUGAAAAAAAGAAUCAGAAUUAAAAACUAAUCAAGAUAUUUUGAAAAUUUGAAUAGUUUCUAUAACAACACUCAAUUUUCUUUAAACUGAUGUAUAACUUAAAUGGUGUUAUAUGAGCCGCCCCAUGAGAAAACCAACAUAGUGGCUUUGAGACCAGCAUGGAUCCAGACCAGCCUACACAUCCGUGCAGUCUGGUCAGGAUCCAUGCUGUUCGCUUUCAAACCCUAUUGCAAUUAAAGAAACCAUUAGCGAACAGCAUGGAUCCUGACCAGACUGCGCGGAUGCACAGGCUGAUCUUGAUCUGUGCUGGUCACAAAGCCACUAUGUUGUUCUCAUGGCGCGGCUCAUACAUUUAACAAGAAAUACCGGAAAAACUUUGUUAUGGAAAACGUGGGUCAAACAGUAAUUCAGGAUGGCCAGAGUCUCGGUGAAAAUUGGUUUAAGUUGAAAGUUGAAAAUUAUAAUUAAAGCUUUCCUGAAUAUAGUAAGAAUGACCCGUGAAUUGGUAGAUAUAUAUGUUGCUUGUAAACUGUUGAAUUGCUACAGACAUUUAAUGUCAAAUCAUUGAAAUUCCUUUAAGUACAGAUUUUUGGCCACCUUGCAAAGUAUUGAUUGUACAGAUUAAUGUAAUUUUGAGCUCACCUGUCACAUAGUGACAAGGUGAUCUUUUGUGAUCGCGAAGCGUCUGUCGUCCGUCCGUGCGUGCGUGCGUAAAUUUUUGCUUGUGACCACUCUAGAGGUCACAUUUUUCAUGGGAUCUUUAUGAAAGUUGGCCAGAAUAUUGUUUAUCUUGAUGAUAUCUAGGUCAAGUUCAAAACUGGGUCAACUGUGGUCAAAAACUAGGUCAGUAGGUCUAAAAAUAGAAAAAACUUGUGACCUCUCUAGAGGCUAUACUUUUCAAUGGAUCUUCAUGAACGUUGGUCAGAAUGUUCACCUUGAUGAUAGCUAGGUCAGGUUUGAAACUUUGUCACAUGCCUUCAAAAACUAGGUCAGUAGGUCAAAUAAUGAAAAAACCUUGUGACCUCCCUAGAGGCCAUAUUUUUCAUGUAUGAAUGUUGGUCUGAAUGUUCACCUUGAUGAUAUCUAGGUCAAGUUAGAAACUGGGUCAACUGCGGUCAGAAACUAGGUCAUUAGGUUUAAAAAUAGAAAAACGUUGUGACCUCUCUAGAGGCUAUACUUGUGAAUGGAUCUUCAUGAAAAUUGGUCAGAAUGUUCAUCUUGAUGAUAUCUAGGUCAAGUUCGAAACUGGGUCACAUGCCUCAGUAACUAGGACAGUAGGUCAAAUAACAAAAAAACCUUGUGACCACUCUAGAGGCCAUAUUUUUCAUGUGAUCUGUAUGAAAGUUGGUCUGAAUGAACAUCUUGAUGAUAUCUAGGUCAAGUUCGAAACUGGAUCAACUGCAGUCAAAAACUAGGUCAUUAGGUCUGAAAAUAGAAAAACCUUGUGACCUCUCUAGAGGCCAUACUUUUGAAUGGAUCUUCAUGAAAAUUGGUCAGAAUGUUCACCUUGAUGAUAUCUAGGUCAAGUUCAAAACUGGGUCACGUGCGGUCAAUAACUAGGUCAGUACUUCAAAUAAUAAAAAACGUUGCAACCUCUCUAGAGGCCAUAUUUUUCAAUGGAUCUUCAUCAAAAUUGGUUAGAAUUUUUAUCUUGAUGAUAUCUAGGUCAAGUUCAGCACUGGGUCACAUGAGCUCAAAAACUAGGUCACAAUGUCAAAUAAUAGAAAAAACGAUGUCAUACUCGGUUUAAAACUGGGUCAUGUGGGGCAGGUAAGCGAUUCAGGACCGUCAUGGUCCUCUU